AUGUCAACUACAACAACUCCAGAAUCACUUUCAAUCCCUCUUCCAAAGACCUCAGUAAUUAUAUCUAAUUUAAAUAAAGAUGAUUUCAUUCAAAAUGGAAGCGAUACACUGAGCUUACUAAUUGCAUCAAAGAAGUUAUCAUUGGCUGAUCAGAUUAAAUUAUUGACUUUGUACUAUGAAGAUGAUAUGACUGGGAAAAUCACCCAUUGGUCAAAUCUACCAUUUCUUGGAAGAAUAGUUAUUAUAUUCAAAGAGGAACUGACUGCUGAAAAGGUCUACAAUUACCUUUCUGGUGAACUACAAAAACAUACAGAGUUGAGUUAUGUGAAACCUCAUUUACAAGAGAAUUUAUUAACUAGAAGUAAAUCCAAUGAUAACUUAAUAGAGGGAGAACAUUUGAAUGUUAAAAAGAGUUUAGACAAUUUUAAGAGUUUAUACUCUAGUAAUAAUAAUGAUACAAAGAAUGACUUGAAAGAUUAUAAUGAACCUAAACCAGCAAAAGUUGACACCGAUUUGUCAGAUAUUCCUAUCGAUAAAGAUGAAUUCCCCUCUUCUCCAACAAUUACAUUCAAUCAAUCGUUUUAG